AUGACCCCUCGGGGAGGAUCCUCAAAUCCUGCCGCUACUGCCGGUGUGGCAGAACGGGCUCGAUGGUCUUUACCAGCAUGGUUGGACCAUUUCAAUCUACGCGAUCUGAAGGUCCUUUUUCGCUGUUGGACUGCAGCAUGGGUUGCGACACUAUUGAUCUUCAUCGGGCCUGCCCUACAGAGCAUUGGCAUCGCCACGUUCUUUGGUGCCCUCGUACUCUACAUAGUCCCACCAGCAGGCAUUCUGUUCGUAUACCUGCUUGCCUCGUUGACACUUCUGGCUGGGAUGUGCCUGGGCUGGGCUUGGGGUCUGCUCACAAUGAAGGCAGCCCUGGCUGCGCGCCCCUCCUCUCAAACUCAGGCUCGUCUUCAGCAAUUGCAGCAGGCAGUGGUAACGCAGGCUAGUCAGUCUGGACAGAGCGCUACGACCGUAACGCAGCAACUGAUCCAUGAUGGGUUCAUGCUCGAUGCUCGUGUGACUGUUGUCUUUUAUGUCAUGGCAUGUGCUUUCAUCUAUGCCAUGUCUCGUCUACGGGUUGCAAAUAAUAAAUUUGCUCUGGCCCAGGUAUUCAGCAUUAUUGUUACCGACCUAUUUCUGCUUUUUGGACCGACUUUGCCUUCUUUUACGGCCUUAUUACCCACAGUCUUGAUCGAGCCUGGUGCUAUAGGCAUCGGACUGGGAACGGCUUGUUGUCUUCUUUUCUUUCCGCAGUCCACUUCUUAUGCUGUUCUUACCAAGAUGGAGCAGCUGCUUCGCUUGGGGCAGGUGCCGCUGAAGUGUACUGAAGAGCGUCUAAGUGGUGAAGAAUUAAGUCUGCAGCAACUGGCCGAUACAAAGAGUAAGGGCAUCGGUGCGCUUAAGGCUCUCGACCCACUGUUGGCCUUUCUUCCUCUCGACCUGUCUCGCGGUCAUUGGGGUGCCGAUGACUUGAAGUCUCUACAGCGGGCUUUACGACAAACACUGGUCGCCUCGCUGUCUCUGCUGAACUUCCACAUCGCACGGAUACAUGAUGAGGAGAAUAAAGCAAAGCUUGCACAACACGAUGUGGCCCAAUCUAACAACGAUUGGCGAGAAAAGAAGAACCAGGCUAUUGGCCACCAUCAGAUCCAGCAGAGUAAUGACCUGAUACACGCCUUUCAGGAUGCAGAAGAGACAGCCAUCCGUGCACGUACACUAGAGGCACUCAAGCACUCCACUCAGCCGCUUCUACAAGCCAUGUCGCAUGCAAUAGAUAUCAGCAUUGAGACCAUCAACAUUGUCAACAAUCGGCGAUGGGUCCGUGCACCCUCGCAGGCACAGAUGGUCCAGCAGACUACGCGAGUGAGAGAUGCGUUGGAGACGCUCCGUAGAAUCCGCACAUCCAGUAUCACCGCAACAACCGAAGCACUGAUUAACAGUCACGCGGAGAUCUUCGAUGACCAGGGUGAUUUCAAGACUGGUGAUGUGGGCGGUGUGCAUGUUCUACGAGGCAUCAUCAUCGGCAUGGUCAUUGAAGAGCGCAUUUUAACAAUGGCCGAAGCAACCCAGAACCUCAUCGAACACAUCUUAUGGCUGUUGGAAAAUCGCCCAAAACCAAGACUUUGGGUCCCUUCUCGGUUACAGUAUGCCUUGACUUGGGUCGGAACUGGCAGUGUUCCCACUCCAAUGUCAGCCGCCGCAGGAAACACCGCAACGGACCCGGAAGCCCUGGAGGAACGAACCCGGGAAGCGGAUCGUCGACUGAGGAUCAGCCGGGGAUAUGGCACACCCCAGCGCACUCCCACUACCCGUAUCAUUAUAUCGAUCUACCAGUGGUUGUUCAACCCAGCCGGCAUGUACGCUCUCCGUAUGGUGGUGGUGACGAUCGCAACUUCGAUUCCCUCCUCCCUCCCCAACACCGCUGGGUUCUUCUACCGCCAGAAAGGCAUCUGGGGGGUCAUCACCGCACAGACCACCCUCCUAGUCUACAUGUCCGACUUCACCCUGUCCCUAGUAUCCCGCCUCGUCGGCACCAUAGUCGGCGGAGUUCUAGGCAUGGUCGCGUGGUACAUUGGCUCCGGACACGGACCCGGCAACGCAUACGGACUAGGAGCAAUCACCGCAGCAAUGACCAUUAUACUAAUGUGGUGGCGGAUCUUCCUCCCACCGACUCUAGCAAUGGCAGCCAUCAUGAGCGGCGCCACAUUCGUCCUAGUCGUCGGCUUCAGCUACGACGACGGCCACAUCCAACAAUACGGCCUGCCAGGUCGCGGCUACGAAGCAUUCUGGAAACGGCUCGUCACCGUUCUCCUGGGCUUCGUCGCCGCCACCGUCGUGCAACUCUUCCCCCGACCCCCAUCAGCCACCCGCCACAUCUGCCAGACGAUGUCCAACGCCGUGCGAACAAUAUCCGAUCACUACGCCUUAGUCCUAUCGCACUGGGCUCGCACCGACCCAGACCACCCGAUCGCCACCGUAGCGGAGAAACUCACUCUCGAGAUGGCCGAAACCCUCCUAUCACUGAAAGCACCCAUCGGUCUGCUCCGCUUCGAAAUGAGCUUCGGCCCCUUCAACCGCAAGACCCUCUCCCGGACCCAAUCCCUCCUCGAAGACAUGAACCAAGCCCUGGGUCGUCUGCUCGUCCUAUCCACCACACUUCCCCUGAACCUACAAGAACGACUAAUGGAAAGAGUGGGGUUCAUGCACGACUACACCGUUGGAGACGUCAUGGCCGUACUAGGUGUCAUCGAACAGGCACUGAAGGCGGGUGCCGCGCUGCCGGAACGGCUGCCCACGCCGUUGGUUAAGCGGUGCUAUGAGACAUGGAGUCAGCAGCAUCGGACUGCGGAGUUGAGUAAGACAUUGGUCCGGGAUGAGAGUUAUAGAAGGUAUUGCGUUGCUAUUAGUUCGUAUCUGAAGUUUUUGGCCUCGAUUGAUGAGUUGGUUUUGGUGUUGAAGGCUGCGUUGGGGGAGUCGCACAUUGUUGAUCGGGGGGAGGGGGUGGUUUAGUGGUUGAUUUGGUUAGGCUGGGUUGGAUCUGAGAAUUAGUAGGGUGAAACGUAUAUUAUACGCGAUUAAAGCGGCGAGAUUGGUGAUACGACAUAUGGAAGAUCAGCGGACUGUGCA